UACAAUAUGGCCACGAAGUAACAAAUCCUUACGCUCCUCCCAGCACAAGAUAAUAUAGUAUAUGUAUUAACACGCAGUCAACGCACACUUAACAAUAUGGGCUUGACGCAAAGUUCUGGUGUUCCAGAGGGUGGGACAGAUGGAUACCAUGUUCAUGGGAUCCAGCAGAGUUCACCAGCAGAGAAAGCUGGUUUGGAACCCUUCUUUGAUUUCAUCUUGUCAAUUGGCAACACCCGACUGAACCAGGAAAAUGAAAUGCUGAAGGACCUCCUGAAGGCCAACGUGGAGAAGCCAGUCCGGAUGGAGGUGUACAGCACCAAGUCCAUGAAGGUCCGGGAGCUGGAGGUGGUCCCCAGCAACAUGUGGGGUGGACAAGGCCUGCUGGGGGCCAGUGUCCGCUUCUGCAGCUUCCAGGGGGCCAACGAAAACGUCUGGCAUGUUCUGGAUGUGGACGCUAACUCCCCUGCAGCGUUGGCUGGCCUGCAUCCUCACUCGGACUAUAUUGUCGGGGCAGACCAAGUCUUGCAAGAUUCUGAGGACUUCUUUUCGCUGAUUGAGGCCCAUGAGGGAAAGCCUUUGAAGCUGCUCGUGUACAAUACGGAGACUGAUGCCUGUAGGGAGGUGGUGGUCACGCCCAAUGGAGCCUGGGGCGGAGAGGGCAGUCUAGGUUGUGGCAUUGGAUAUGGCUAUCUGCAUCGGAUCCCUGCUCGUCCCAGCAGCCCGCAGCCAUCUGCAGCCUCCCCAUCUGUGGAGGAAACACCAUCUUCUGAGGUUCCCACAAACGGAUACACAGAGGUCCCUCUGAUGGCAGCCUCUGGCUUGUCGGACAAGUCUGAGGACCCUAGCUGUGCUGAUCAGGACACCCCACUGCCCCCGCCUAUUCAGAGGGUCAUGGAUCCAGGUGACACCCACAUUCAUCAACGGUUCUCAGAUCAGUCAGAGGUGGCCUUCAACUCAGAGGUGUCAGAUGUGACCGAUCGACUGGACGUAUCGGUGUCUUCCAUUGACAUGACCAACACAUCCCUGGCAGUGCGUGAGGAGAAAGACAGCGACAUAUCUGGAAUAGAGGAGCUGAGCGAUGGUGAGGUUCCUGAUCCUGAAAGCCAUACUGAUCCACAGCCCCAGGAACCUCAGGAACCAAGCCCAGAACCGGUCUCAGAACCAGUUUCAGAACCGGUCCCAGAGCCGGUCCCAGAGCCAGUCCUAGAACCAGUCCUAGAGCCAGUCCCAGAGCCAGUCCCAGAUAUCAUCUCCCUGUCGCCCAUCAAGUCAGAGCCAGAGGAUACUACAGCUCCCAUCAGCCCCUCCCCUACACCCCUCAUGCCCUCCACCCCACCCACCAGCUUCUCCCCUCUGCCGCUUGACGCCUCCAUCCCCCCCGUCGACAUUGCGUCUCUGCUGGGCAACCCCUCUCUGUCGCCCCUGGACCCCACCGUCCCGCCCAUAGACAUCUCCUCUCUCCUCAUCGACCCCGCUGUCCUGCCUCUCGAGGCCGCUGCCGCUGCCUCCGCCCCGCCUGCUCAGACUCCCACUCUGCUUUCGGACAUCGCAGCAGAUCAGCCAAUCGGUGAGCUCGGCGUGGGCGACAGUCAGCUUGAAGCUGCUGGCUUGCAGGAGACGUUACCUGACCCACAGUCUUUGGGUAGCACGGACGAUGAGGUUAGUGGAGAGACCAAAGAGAUGGACUCCGCUCCCCAGUAGUGUCUGCUGUCACCCAUCGCUGCCAAACCUCCCGUGUUUACGUAAACUGCAUUACAAUCAACACUUACCUGUCACAAGGGCUGAGAUGGAGUGACAGUAGUCAAUGAUGUUACAGAACGACGGAUGUUAUAAAAUGAUAUAAUGUUUUUGUUUUUAAUUGUCAGAAAUAUCACCUGAGAGCAGGUCAUAUCACAAAUUAUUGUUCAUCACUAUAUCUUUACCAACAGUAGAAAACAGAGUGUCUCAUAGCAAUCAUAUUAUGAUGCUGUAUGCAAGUCACAACCUUUUCAUUUUCUAUUAUACAAAUCGGAGGGAAAUGGUCUUUCUUAUAUUGUGCUCGUUCGGAAAGUGAAUGCUUUUUAAAAGAUAGACAUAUUUUUGGCUAAUUCAAUUGUAUGUAAUAGUUUUUAUACUUUAAAUCUUCCCGGUUAGUUACAACACUACCUUUUAACUUAUGUGUUUGUGUCCACUAUUUCGACCUCAUUCGGGACUUUUUGCAUUGUCAAAAUGCAGUGUAGAGUUGGUUUUGAGGGGAAUUUAAGCAUUAUGUUUGUUUAAUAGCAAUAAUUUACCAAUCUUUUAAUUGUUUUAUUGGCUUAUUGUCCUCUUCUAGCAGGCUGUUAUAUCACUCUGAAAGGCAAUCACUCAAUUUUGAUGGGGUCCUAAUGAAAAUGACUGAUGUUAAGUGGCAUAUGUUGGCCUGUGUUAAGACAUUUUCACAAAUUAAUUAGUAGAUUUAUUGAAACAGCCAUGGCUUGUUUCACUGUUUAGUCAAUGAAAUCACUCCCUGAUGAUGCAGCUGUCUUUGUCUUAGAUUUGUUUGGUUAGUUAGGCUAUAUAUGUUGUGAUCCAUGAAAGGGAUCAUUGCUUUGCUCACAUAAGCAAGGCUAAUGUGAUGGAUUAGAAUUUCACAUUUCGUUUGCCCUUUUUCUUUAAACUGUGCUAACUCACAUUCUCUCUUUGGAGGAAAGGCUUGUAUUAGCCUUUUACAUGCAUUCAAAACUUGGUGAUGGUAACUUCCAACAAUCAGGCUUUGGUCCAUGCACUUUACAAGGAUAGGAUCAGGUGUCUGGGCUCAGAUCACUUGAGGCUUCAAGUAAUAACAAAAUAAUUAUGCAAAUAGUCUGAAUUGCAGUUUGUGUAACACUUCAUUUUUAGGGAGAAUCUAUCUCUACACACAAGAGCCAACACAGAUGUCCAAUUUAUGCUCGAGUUUUUGUGUAAAAAAGUAAAAGGCCACACUAAAAAUGCAUAUUUUUAGAAAUAGAUUUUACUGUAUAUGAAUAUGUGAAUUCUGUAUCAAACCUCUUACUGCGCUCAGACACAUGGAACACAACGCCUGUGUCAGAUUUUGGAAAAACACAUAAUCAAGGAAACACUGGAAAUAAAAUGAAAUGUAUGAAAACAU